GGUGUCUUGCUCUCUCAAUCUCAGCAUACUUGCGCUCUCUUGGGGUCGCAACCCCCUGGCAGCAUCUCCAGCCUCGAGCCGGGGCGACGUACAACCGAAAGGCUGCGACGGACCAUAUGAAAGUACUACUAGUAGGACGAAUCGCAGCUGUAAGUACGAGCUCGCCUACGGUCGGCAUCUUCCUUGGCUCCUGAGCUGUCGCCCACCGACGUCUCCCCAAUUCCCGGCCAGCCCUCACCUCCACCCUACCUACCAUGUAGUUAUUUCUGUCCGUUGUGCUGCGAUAUUAAUAUCUCAAAGAGGCUUCGAGCAGCCACUCGAGAUGAAUAGCCAGUCGUUGCAUGGCGGGAGCGGCUUUGACCGCGACCGAGACCGCGACCUCGAUGAGCAACGUCACCGCGCCCUCCACCAGGAUGACAUCGCAAGACGGGAACACGACCGCGACCGCGACCGGGACCGCGAAAGAGAUCGAGACCACGAACGGGAAGAGGCCGAGCGCCAGCAUCGUGAAGCGUACCCGCCGAACGCUCCCCACCACAGCAGCGCCGGCUCUCUUCCAAUCCACCAGCCCGUCGCAUCCCGAAUAUCGAACUCGAUUACCGGCCCUGGUGGCCUCCUGGCGAACCACGGAAGCUCAGGCCCGUCCCUACCCAUUGGCGCACCUUCGGCGCCGGCUCCUGGCUUCGGCGGGUCGCUCCACAACGAAUCAACACGGCCUCCGCAGCAACACAGCGGCCCAGGAACCGCGUCAGCGCUACCUCACCAGCUCUUCGCGCCAAUGGCUCAUGGCCCAAGCGGAACGAACCCUCUCGGCGGAUCGGGCGGGCCCGCCAUCUUUGGUGGUCCCCUUCAACAGGAGAACAACCGGGCAAUGCCGCAGGACGGCCCACGAGGAUUGCAACAAUUGCCUUUCGGCUCCAGUAUGGGCCCCGCGCAUCCUAUACCUUCUGGGCCUGGCGGGAUGCCCCAAGGACAGCAGCCGAUACUGAAUGAUGCGCUGAGCUACCUCGAUCAAGUCAAAGUUCAGUUCCAUGAGCAGCCGGAUGUGUAUAACAGGUUCCUGGACAUUAUGAAGGAUUUCAAGAGCCAGACUAUCGACACGCCGGGUGUCAUCAGCAGGGUCUCCGAGCUCUUCGCCGGCCAUCCGAACCUCAUUCAGGGCUUCAAUACCUUCCUGCCUCCUGGGUAUCGUAUCGAGUGCGGACUCGAGAACAACCCCAACAGCAUCCGUGUGACAACGCCAUCGGGCUCGACUAUCCACUCGAUCGGGGCUAGCCGAGCGGGUCAACACGAGACGGCGCAGCCGGCAACUGGUCCUGCGCAAGGAUUCAUGAACACGAGAGCUGCAUGGCAGCCACCGCUCGCCCACAGUGUUGAGAGUCCGGAAGCGACGUUUAGCGUGCCGGCGCAGAGCGGCCCGUCGGGUUUCUCCGGAUCGACCCAGGUUGCUACGUUUGACGGCACCAGUCCGAUUCAACAGAGGUCGGUACCGGCCGCUCAAGCCGGCACCCCGAUGAACCACGCUCCUGCACCGCGCAGCGCCCAUACACCUACACCAGCAGCUGCCGGCGCGCCCAGCGCAAGCAGCAGCGCUGCUCAGCAGGCUAGUUUGGAGAAGCGCGGCCCGGUGGAGUUCAACCACGCGAUCAGCUAUGUCAACAAGAUCAAGAACCGCUUCCAGGAUAAACCCGAAAUCUACAAGCAAUUCCUCGAAAUCCUCCAGACAUACCAACGCGAGCAAAAGCCCAUACAGGACGUGUAUUCGCAGGUCACCAGCCUGUUCCACACGGCGCCCGAUCUUCUUGAAGAUUUCAAGCAGUUCCUUCCCGAGUCGGCGGCGCAAACCCGCUCAGCUGGUCAGCGCCCCGAGGAGGGCAUGUCCAUGGCAGUCACCACACCCACGCCGCAACCUGGUCACCCAGCUCGCGACGGUCCCAAGAUGCCUCCGGUCGGCAAUUUCGCCCCGCCGGCAAGCGCAAGCAAAGAAAGCAAGAAGAGACGCACAGAAAAGGCACCUCCUGUCCCCGCUCAAGCCACUCCGGAUCAACCGCAAAUGUCGUCGUUGCGAGGAACGCUUUCCGCCGCGCAGCCUACCAACAAGCGUGCCAAGCUGACGCACAAACCGAAUACUGCCGAGAGCGCCUGGGUCGAGCCGACUUUGGUGCCCGUCAUGCCGGUGCCACUCGCGCCUACGCCGCUGGCCGUGUCAACCCAGGACGACCUUGCCUUCUUCGAAAAGGUGAAGAAGCACAUCGGCAACCGGACGGCUACUACUGAGUUUCUGAAACUUCUCAACCUGUGGAACCAGGACUUGAUUACCAAGGAGGUCCUGCUCUACAAGGCGAACCAGUUCAUGGGUGGCAAUCCCGAGCUUCUAAACGCUCUGAAGAGCUUGAUCCGGCAGGAUACUAGCGAGGAUAUCAUUGAAAAUCAGCCCGAGCCGCCGACGGGUAGGGUCUCCCUCAGCAAUUGCCGCGGGUUCGGUCCCAGCUACCGGUUGCUGCCUAAGCGCGAGCGCCUCAAGCCCUGCACGGGCCGCGAUGAACUUUGCCAGUCAGUGCUCAACGACGAAUGGGCGUCGCACCCGACCUGGGCCUCGGAGGACUCGGGCUUUGUCGCCCAUCGCAAGAACGCUUACGAGGAGAGCCUCCACCGUAUCGAGGAGGAACGCCACGAUUAUGAUUUCUUCAUCGAAGCGAACCAAAAGUGCAUCCAGCUGCUCGAGCCGAUCGCGCAGCAGAUGCUGUCGCUACCUGCCUCGGAGCGGCCAAACUUCAAGAUGCCGGCCGGUCUUGGCGGACAGAGCACGUCCAUCUACAAGAGAGUUCUUAAGAAGAUCUACGGCCCGGAGAAGGGCUGCGAAGUUGCCAAUGAUAUGUUUAGGAGCCCUUUCACUGUCGUGCCCGUCGUCAUGGCACGCUUGAAGCAGAAAGACGAAGAAUGGCGGUUCACUCAGCGGGAGUGGGAAAAGGUCUGGCAGAGCCAAACCGAGGCGAUGCACCUGAAGAGUCUGGACCACAUGGGCAUCCAGGUUAAGAGCAACGAUAAGCGCAGCCUCGCGGCAAAGCAUCUUGUCGACGUGAUCAAGACGAAGCACGAGGAACAGCGGCGGAUCCGCAUUGCUAAGGGCAAGACCCCUCGCUACCAGUUUGCGUAUCUAUUCCAGGACGAGGACCUCCUCUUGGACCUGCUCCGCUUCAUGGCCAUUUUUGCGACCAUCGGCGGCCAGCACAAUGCGCAGGAGAGGAGGCGGAUCCUGGAGUUCUUCGAGACUUUUAUCCCGGCAUUCUUCGAUCUCCCAGAGGAUAAGGUUGCGGAAAAGCUUGCCGACAUUGACCAGGACUCGGCAGAGGAAGACGAGGAUGAUCCGACGCCGAUUGAGCUCACCAACGGGCGUACGCGUCGCAACGGCAAGAAGUCGGACCUGCUCCGCGGCGUACUGGACCCCGGCCGCAACGGCAGCCGAAGCCGUGGCCAGAAAGAGGGCAGCGCGGCAUCCGGCAGCAAAGAAACCACGCCAGAGGUCGGAUCGGCGAACGAGGAAGAGAUGCCGGAUGCACCGGAGGACUCUUCAGUCCCAGAGGUGUCCAAUGGCCGCUGGCUGCCCACCGUACCCGGCCCGAUCAUCGUCCAGAAGAGCAGAGGUGGUAAGGGAUCCAGCCUAGUUGAUGUGGACGGCGAACUGAAGGCGGAUGCGCCGUUCGCCCGUUCUUGGUACAACUUCUACUGCAACCAGAACAUCUACGUCUUCUUCACCAUCUUCCAGACGCUGUUCAAGCGGCUUGAGGACGUCAAGCUGAGCAAAGACAGCGUGCUCGAGGAGAUACGGCGGGAGAAGGCGGAGAAGCCGGCUAAGAUCUUGGGUCUCGUCCACGAAGGCAUGAACUACUUUGACAGCGAUGAUCCGACCACGUUCUGGCCCAAGACGGUUGAGCUCAUCGAGGAUUUCAUCAACGGCGACAUCGACGAGAACCGCUACCAGGACGUUCUGCGGCACUAUUACCUCCAGAAAGGCUGGAAGCUUUACACGAUCCAGGACUUGCUCAAGACGCUAUGCCGACUCGCGCUAAGCUGCAACAACCCGGAUGCCAAGGGUGAGAAGACCAAGGAGCUCGUCAAGGCGUUUCUGGAGAGUCGGCAGCAGACCGAGACAAGCUUCCAGAACGAGAUCAGCAUGCGCAAGUUCGCCGAGAAGUGCAUCAAAGACGGCGAGAUGUUUGUCAUUGCAUGGUACCCCAACAAAAAAGAAGCAACAGUCCGCUGGCUGCAGAAGGAUGAAACGACAUUCUACAUGGAUGAGAUGGAGCGCAUCCAGCAGUGGCAGUACUACAUCUCGUCGUACAUGCGCGUCGAGCACACCGAGGGCAUCGUCAGGUCGCGGCUGCAGAAGGUGUUGCUUGAGCGAAAUCUGCCCUCGGAUGUUAAGGACUCCUCCGAGGGAGAGUACACGCCCAAGCCGCUGGUGAUCCACGAGGGCUUAGUGGUCAGGAUCUGCCUGAACUCGUCCAAGAUGGUUUUCGAGAAGGGCACGUCGGACUACUUCAUUUACAACAAUGCCGCUGCUGGGCAGGCCGGUCAAGAAGAAGAAGCAGAGUAUGAAGAGAAGCAGGCUUUCCGGCGCGAGAUGCGGGCCGAGAAGAUGAAGGAGACGACGGUUACCAAUAAUGCGUGGAUGAAGGGGCUCAGCCAUGAGGAGGUGCAGAAGGUCAACAAUGAGUUCCAGAAGUGGAAGCAGAUUGAUAUCCGUCCGUCGCAGGAGGAUACGGCGGACGUGACGAUGGAAGCUUGAGACGAAAUUGUACACCCAGCUUCGUGGCAGGUACUACACUGGCAAGGUGACUGAAUCGACUGUAUGCAACACAGGGGCGCAGGGGCGUAGCGGCGAUCGGAAGCAUCAAGAAGG